CUACACUCCGUCAUCCAGUGAGAAAGCAGAGACUUCGGCCCACGCAGGCCCGGGCACAGUCAGCCCCGUGGCCCUGCCGCUGCGCAUGCGUCGUGGGUUGGCCUCCCGCUGUGAGGCGGAGCGAAAGGACAGAUUUUUUUUUUUUUUUUUUGCUUGUUCCCGCCCCUCUUCUUCCCCCACCUGCCACGUACUGGGUCCGAGAUCUCGCUAGGCUUGGUGGGUCCGUGCGAUUGGCCCGGGCCCGCGCGAGCUUACUAGCGAGGUGCGGCGGUGCCGGCGGAGGGCACCGGAGUGGGCCGUGACCGCAGCCAUCCCACGACGCCCCGGAGCCAGCCCGGCGUCGGCCUCGCACCGGUCAGGUCAGCGGAGAUCCGCGGGGAGGCGGCCGCGGCAGCCUCGGCAAGCCGUCUUUCCGUAGAGUUGUAUGUACACAACAUCCUGGAGUCCACCAUGAAUGGACAGUUGGACCUAAGUGGGAAGCUAAUCAUCAAAGCUCAACUUGGGGAGGAUAUUCGACGAAUUCCAAUUCAUAAUGAAGAUAUUACUUACGAUGAAUUAGUGCUAAUGAUGCAACGAGUUUUCAGAGGAAAACUCCUGAGUAAUGAUGAAGUUACAAUAAAGUAUAAAGAUGAAGAUGGAGAUCUUAUAACAAUUUUUGAUAGUUCUGACCUUUCUUUUGCAAUUCAGUGUAGUAGAAUACUGAAACUGACAUUAUUUGUUAAUGGCCAACCAAGACCCCUUGAAUCAAGUCAAGUGAAAUAUCUCCGUCGAGAGCUAAUAGAACUGCGAAAUAAAGUGAAUCGCUUGUUGGAUAGUUUGGAACCACCUGGAGAACCAGGACCUUCCACCAGUAUUCCUGAAAAUGAUACUGUGGAUGGUAGGGAUGAAAAGCCUGCUGCUUCUGAUUCUUCUGGAAAACAGUCUACUCAGGUUAUGGCAGCAAGUAUGUCAGCUUUUGAUCCUUUAAAAAACCAAGAUGAAAUCAAUAAAAAUGUCAUGUCAGCAUUUGGCUUAACAGAUGAUCAGGUUUCAGGGCCACCCAGUGCUCCUGCAGAAGACCGUUCAGGAACCCCCGACAGCAUUGCUUCCUCCUCCUCUGCAGCUCAUCCGCCAGGAGUUCAGCCACAGCAGCCCCCGUAUACAGGAGCUCAGACACAAGCAGGUCAGAGUGAAGGUCAGAUGUACCAGCAGUACCCGCAGCAGGCCGGCUAUGGUGCUCAGCAGCCACCCCAGCCACCCCAGCAGUACGGUAUCCAGUAUUCAGCAGGCUAUAGUCAGCAGACUGGACCCCAACAACCUCAGCAGUUCCAGGGAUAUGGCCAGCAACCAGCUUCCCAGGCACCGGCUCCUGCCUUUGCUGGCCAGCCUCAACAGCUGCCUGCUCAACCACCACAGCAGUACCAGGCGAGCAGUUACCCUCCACAAACUUACACUACCCAAACUUCUCAGCCUACCAGUUAUACUGUGGCCCCUGCCUCACAACCUGGAAUGGCUCCAAGCCAACCCGGGGCCUAUCAGCCGAGACCAGGUUUUACUCCACCUCCUGGAAGUACUAUGACUCCACCUCCUAGUGGGCCUAACCCUUAUGCACGCACCCGCCCUCCCUUUGGUCAGGGCUAUACCCAACCUGGACCAGGUUAUCGAUAAAGAGUCUCAGCUACACUGAUGAAUGUAGCUGAUAGCGGUUUGCCUCCCAAAAGACUCCAGUACUACUAUUUUAAUUUGUAUUGAAGUUCAGAAAUUUAAAAAGCAGAGCAUUUUUUAUGGUAUCAUUGUUGCUGUUAAUUGAAAGUAUAAUUUGCUGGAACACAAAAAGAUCAAAAUGAAAAAGUUUUUUUCUUCCCUUGCUUAAAAGUGUAGCAGCUGCCUAGUUAUUUUGGAACACUACUCUGAUGUGCGUAAAGUGAUUGACUUUCUAGCUUGCCUUGUCCGGAGGAUAUUAAAACGCUAGGUUGAAGUUUAGCCAUCUGAACUUGGCUUUUUAUUAUUAACAUGAUGUACUAAAAUAUAGAUCCCUUUGAGAAAACAACUAGGUAUUAUGUAUAAAAUGUAACAUUGAUAGGUUAAUAAAGAUAAUUGAAUCCAUU